UACGGUAUAAAAGGAGAGCCACUCUGAAACGGGGAAUCAUCUCUUCCAUAGACCCCUGCAGAAAACACCAACCUCCGGCAAAAUGAAGACCUUCGUCGCCGCUGUCUGCGCCCUCCUAGUCUGCAGCGUUUAUGCUGCGAAGGAAAAGGUCGAGGCGCGUGGUGGCCUUGUGGGCGCUGGUCUCGGGGGCUACGGCGCCGGUGUAGGACCCGGUCUUGGCGGCGUUGGUCUCGGAGGCGUCGGUCUGGGACAUGGUGGUCUCGGAGGAUACGGAGGAGGCUUCCAGUCCGGAUACGGCUCUCAGGCCGGUGGCCACCAGGGUGGAUUCCAGGGCGGCGCUGCCGGACACAGCCAGGGGUCAGGGGGUUUCGCCGGCGGUGCUUCCAACAGGAACGUGAACGCAUACAAUGACAACAAGGGCUACAGCCACAGCUCGGGUUUUUCAGCCUCAGACAGCAAGAACUUCGGUUCCGGACACAAGCAGGGCUCGUCGGGAUUCCAGGGUGGCGCUGCCGGACAGCAGGGAGGCUACGGACAAUCUUCUCACGGACACCAGGCCGGUGGCGGCUACGGCGGUGGAUACCUCGGCUAAAUAUUCUGUGCCUCAUCACCAGAGCAACAUCGGUGGUGUGCCUCACUGCAAUAAACAUGUGAAUACACAUAUGGUAAUAAACAUGUGGUCUACAAUAUUUGGAGCACAAAUGUA